AUUAAUUACAAGUACUUUCUUCCUCAAAAGCUCAAAUAUCACUCACAAAGUUUACCAAAAAAAAAAAGAGAGAGAGAAGAAAAGUACUAAUAGUUGUGAAAAAGAGUCAUGAAGAUGAGCAGUUCAGCCACUAUGGGAGGAUCCAAGAGAAGGCUUUCAUCAUCAAGUAGAGGACUUGGAGGAGUCCUUAGAGAGCAAAGAGCAAGGCUUUACAUUAUAAGGAGGUGUGUGGUCAUGCUUCUUUGUUGGCAUGAUUAAAACCAAGUCCUCCUUCAAAAAUUAGAAAAAUAUUCCAAGGAAAAAGGGCAAGGAGGAUUAUGUUUUUUUUUUUUUUUUUAGUUUUCUUUUUUGGGGUAAAUUGUAAAUAGAAGUUUGGCGGAUAUUAUGGGAGAGAGUUCAAACAAAAUUUUUGUACGGGAUC